AUGGGGUUCUUUUACGAGGGAUACUACGAUUUUAUCCUCGUCGGCCGGUAUGGCCAUGAAAUUAGGCGGAUGCACGAGAAAUAUGGCCCCAUCGUGAGGAUCAACGCCGAAGAGCUCCACUGCGAUGACCCCCGGUUCGUCGACGAGAUCUAUGCGUCCGGCAACAGGAAGCGAGACAAAUGGCAGCACUUCCUGAACACCGGCGCCACGGGGCCCAUCCUCGUCGGCGGCUUCUCGACCCCGGCGCACGAGCUCCACCGGACGCGAAGGCUCCCCAUGAACAGAUUUUUCUCCCGUGGCCAGAUGCUGAAGCUCGAGGGCGAGGUCCAUGAGUUCACACAGCGCACCUGCGACAAGCUGCUCCGCACCAGGGGGCCUUUCGAUAUAAAGGAGGCCUUCAACUGCUACACGGCUGAUAUCAUCUCACAGUACUCCUUCGGUGAGCCUAUGGGUUUUAUAGACCAAGAAGGGUGGAUGCCCAAUUUUGGGAGCUGGGCGAAGAGCUUUUUCAAUUCUGCCUACAUGAUGCGUCACGUUUGGCUUGCGAGGGCGGCUGUUGCUCUUGCCCCGUACUUUGCUAACUACAUGGGCGACGACAUGAAGAGUCUGAUGAAUCAGCUGCAGGUGGUCAUACCUGGGCAUAUUCAGAAGGCUGUGAACAACAAAGAGAGUGGCAGGAUCUUCGCGGACCUUAUGGAGAAUGACCAGCUGCCGGAUUCAGAGAAAACCAUUUAUCGCCUGUCUGGAGAAGGUUUUAAUUUGCUUGUUGCGGGGACAGAAACGACAGCUGCGUCGCUUGCCUGCAUAACCUACUACCUCCUAGCCCAACCCACCACAUACUCCCGCCUACUAGACGCCCUGGAGGGUGCAGACCCGCGGAAUCUCAAGUGGACGGACCUGGAGCAGCGGCCAUACCUGUGGGCCGUGAUCCACGAGUCCUUGCGCCUGAUGCCCGGCAUUUCACACCGGUCCUCCCGGAUCGCCCGGGACGAGGACCUGGUCUACAAGAGCGAGGAUGGCAAGGUUGAGUGGCUGAUACCGCGCGGAACGCCCGUCAGCAUGACGUCCAUCAUCCAGCACAGCAACGAGGGGCUGUUCCCGAGCCCGAAGGAGUUCGUCGCGGAGCGGUGGCUGCUCGAGGACGGGCGUCAGAACUAUGCGCUUGAGAGGCACCUGAUAUCUUUUGGGAAGGGGAGCCGGAUGUGUCUGGGCAAAGAUCUUGCUUAUUGCGAGCUUUAUCUCCUCACCGCCGCCUUGGCCCUGCGUGUCCUGCCCCGGGCUCGAUUGCGCGAGACGACGAUCGAAGACAUCGAGUAUGACCACGACCUGAUUGUGCCUCAGCCCAAGAGGGGCUCGGUCCGUGUGCAGGUUGAGAUUUCCUAG